UGUCUCCUCCCCGCUCGCACGUCGCCCGCGCCGCCUCUGCUUCCCGCCCAUGAACCACCUCCAUGGACCAGUCCCACAGGAAACCACAGCCAGCCCACCACGCUGGACCCACAUGCCGCUCCCCAGCCUCAAACACCGGCUCCACCUACGAAACCAGCGCCAUGGAACUUCCCGCCAGUGCUCUCCCCCAACCCGCGCGCGAGCUACUAAACCCACGCCCCCUCCCCAUCCGCAGCACAUCCCAGUAGUCCUCCUAGCUGCCGUCGCUUCGAACCCGGGAAGAAAACCCUAGCCCCACACGCCGGCGCGGCCGCGAACCCCGGCCGAUCGGCGCCGAUGAGAGGCGGGAGGCGCGGGAGGGGGAGAGUGCGGCGGGGAGGUGGCGCCGCCGCCGCUCGGCCGCCGCGGGGCGAGCGCGCCGCCGGCGUCCAGGUCAUCGAACUCAGCGAUGAUGAUGUGAAGUUGGCAACGCAGACAAAACCAUCGAAAGGAGAAAUCGCGGAGGGAUGCGCGGCAGAUGAUUUCAAGGCGCUCCCAUGCGAUUCCACCAUGGAAGUUUCCACAAAACACCUGGGGCGUCUUAGAAAGCGAACAGCCGCUACUGGUGCUGCAACUUCUGAGUUGCAUGAGGAUGAGCUAAAGGUUGCUGAUGUCAAGCUGAGCAAUGAUGAAGUAGGUGGGCAAAUGUUGCCUCCAUGUAGAAGCUCCAAACGCCUAUGUGGGCAGCAAAUUGGAAAGCAAGACUCGGUUGGGAGGGAGAGCGAGGAUGGUGGGCAAAUGUUGCAUCCAUGCAGAAGAUCCAAACGUCUACAGAGAAAACUAGCUGCAAAGCAAGAAUUGAGUAGCAGGGAGAGUCAGCAUGAUGUAUUUGUGAACAGCGAGGAUGAGUCCAAAACGUUCAUUCAACAAAGGAGGCCAAACUGCCUCAGAAAGAGAUUUAUAUCCGAGUAUUAUAGUGGUGAAUUGGCUGAAGAUAAACACACAUCACGGAGUAGCUCUGAUUAUGAUUAUGAUCACUUGCCCCCUCAACAAAGAUCAAAGCGUCUUCGGCACAGAAUGCGAACUAGAUAUGAUGCAUACGACGACGAUUCUGAUAGUGACAGUGUGGAUAAUCAUAGGAAGACAAUUCCAUGCAGAAGAAUGUCAAAGCGUCUGCAAGAGAAACAGAAGACUGAUCAUGUUUCAGAUGAGAGCUGCACUGAAGCUUCUUUGUGUAUGUUGUCAGCGUCUUCAUCCACAGGAUCAGAUGAUGAGCUAUUGCGUAGUACUGUAAAACCUUGCAAAAGCACUUCUAGUGGACCUAUUUGCUCAAUAUGUGAGAGUGGAGCUGGCAGCUGUCUUCUGAUCCAGUGUCAGAAUUCAAGCUGUUCUCGUAGCUUCCACACUUUCUGUCUUAGUCCUCCGAUGCAAGAUACUAGAGGCACAUUGGAAUGUCCUCUCUGCAAAAUCAAUGAAGCAUCUUUGGCUAAGGGAAUGGAAGUGUAUGCCUCAAAAAAGAUCCAAAGGCUUGUAGGUUGCAGACGGGUGAUUCUUCAGGAGUCAGAUUUCCAGUAUCAAAUCCUCGUGAAGUGGCAAUUACUUUCUCAUCAUCACGACUGCUGGGUUCCACUUGAUUGGCUUCUUGUUUUUGACCGCCUACGAGCACAAAGCUACAUAAGGAAGAAUACGUUGCCUAAAGAGGUCUACAUGGACGAUCAAAGGAAACCUGAAUGGUUUGAAGUAGAUCGUGCCAUUGCAUGUCGUCGGAAGUUUGAUCUUGGUUUAUGUGAUAUCUUAGCUAGUUACAAGGAUAAUGAAGAUUUUGAGGGAUAUGAGUUUCUUGUGAAAUGGAAAGGCCUUGAUUAUUGUGAUGCUACAUGGGAGUCCUAUUCCACUGAAGGAGUGAAGUCAGCUGUUUCCAUGCUUGUCAAAAGGCAUCAAAAUACUUUACGAAGAGUUGAUUGUGUCAGCCCAAUGAACAUUGAAGGGAUGGUAUCAGAAAAUAUACACAAUGAUGCCCUAUACGAUUAUCAGCUUCAAGGGUUAAAAUGGAUGUUUGAUAAUUUUAAAUCUAAGAGGAGCGUUAUUCUUGCUGAUGAAAUGGGUCUUGGAAAAACUGUCCAAGUUGUUAGCUUUCUCAGCCACAUAAUCAAGGGAAGUUUCACCACAUCUCCUGCGUUGGUUCUUGCUCCAAAGAGCAUCCUACUGCAAUGGAAAAAGGAAUUUGAUCGCUGGGCACACGAUCUUAAUAUUGUUGUUUACCAAGGAGAUAAGGACUCCAGAAAGUGUAUUCAAGCUCAUGAAAUGUACUCUUCCGAAAGGAAGACUCUAUUUGAUGCUCUAGUGACAAGUUAUGAGAUUGUCCAAAUUGAUAAAGCAGUUCUACAAAAAAUUAAGUGGUCAACGAUUGUCAUUGAUGAGGCUCACAGAUUGAAGAAGCUUGAUUGCAAUCUCGCAUCCUGCCUAAAGAAAUAUAGCUCAGAAUUCAGGUUGCUACUUACAGGAACACCGUUGCAAAAUAACAUCUUGGAAUUGUUUUCGUUGCUUCAUUAUAUUGAUCCAGAUGAGUUCUCUGACCCAAAGGCUGAUGCGUUGUUCUCACCAAUUGAAUCUGAACUGGAUUUGACAAUUGAUGAAAAAAUUGCUCGCAUUCAUGAUAUUUUGAAGCCCAGGAUGUUGAGGAGAAUGAAAUCUGAUGUGCUAAAAGAUUCUAUGCCUACAAAGAAGUGGGUAGAAGUUCCGUGUGCGCUUGCAGAUUCUCAGAGAGAUCUUUACAUUAAUAUUCUAGAGAAGAACUACUCAAAGUUGAACAGUGCUAUUCAGUAUGGUAGGAAGCUUUCUCUGAACAACGUACUUAUGGAGCUGAGAAAAUGCUGUAAUCAUCCAUAUCUAUUUCCAGGAUUGGAAGUUAAACAGAAAGCAGGAGAAGAUGUUUUCCAGUCACUUGUUUCUGCAUCAGGGAAACUUCAACUCUUACACAAGUUGCUCCCAAAAUUGAAAGAAAGAGGGGACCGUGUACUGAUUUUCUCCCAGAUGACGAAGAUGCUUGAUAUUCUUGAGGAUUUCCUUUCCUUCCUGGGAUACAAAUAUGCACGCAUUGAUGGACAGACAGCACUCUCCGCGAGGCAGGAGAGCAUAAAAGAAUACAACAACACUGAAAGUGAAACAUUUAUUUUCUUGAUGUCAACUCGUGCUGGUGGUCUAGGUAUUGACCUGCCUGGUGCUAAUAGAGUAAUUAUAUAUGAUCCAGACUUCAACCCAUUUAUGGACUUGCAAGCACAGUCCAGGGCUCAUCGGAUUGGCCAGACCCGACCGGUGGUUGUUUACCAGCUUAUUACAAAAUGUUCUGUUGAAGAGAAGAUACUGCAGAAGUCUAAACAGAAGCUGGCAAUUGAAAAUAUGUUGAUGAACUCUUCCGACUCCAAGAAGCCAAGGGUGGACGAGCUGCAGUCCAUUCUACUACAUGGAGCCAAGACAAUUGUGGACAAAAAGAAGAUCAAUGCUGUAUCAAUUCAUUAUGAUGACGAGGCCAUCGACAAUCUCCUCAAGUUAGACCCUUCUAGUGGCGAGAUGUGCACUUCAGAUGACAAUGGUUAUCUUGGCAGCAUUGUGAGUUUUGCUCAUGGUGCCGAGGACGUAGUACCUCCCUCCCCCAACGUUGAGGAUCUGAAAGUGUUCAAGCCUGCCACUCCAAAGGUGGAUCUUGGACGCGGGAGAAGGCCAAGGAAUGUGGUGAAAUAUUUCGAGGAGGUGGACAAUGAAGAUAGCGAUGAUAUGUAUGCCCCAGAGCCUUCCUCGGAGUCCAGCAGCUCUUCGUCUGAUGAUGAAACAGAGCAAGAAAUUCCUGAAGUAGCAAGCGCUAGAACUGAAGUAGCUGUCAAGACUGAAGCAGCGACUGUUGUGAAGCUGGAAGUAGCUCCUAGUCCUGGCAGCGCCUUGACUAACUCAGACUCCGGCAGCUCCGGCAGCUCUUCAUCGGAUGAUGAAAAGGAAGAGGUGAAGCCUGUAGUAGCAGGUGUGAAUCCUUGAGCACCUGAGAGCUGAUGCAGAAACUACGGCUAGCCAUUCUAGAACCUAAAAACGACCUUUUUGUAUAGGACUACUUAUCUGGUAAAGUAGAAUUAUGUGGCUGAUUUAUAUGCCGACUUCUUUUGGGGCAUUUGUCGAUGUAUGGUGAAAACUUAUGGGUGAUGACAUCUUUAUUACUUACUAGGAAUUAUGGCUGCGGAUAUAGCCAUGUAAGAAUCAUCUGGAAGCUUAUCUUUACUGGAUUGUGAUCAGUUA